GUGAGAAAAUGGUUACUCUGGAACUAUCUCAUUAAUCGAAUCAAGAGAAGAGACAUCGACGACGACGAGCUUCGGUCGUAAUCCAAAAAGAGGAAGAGACUGAAAUCGAAAGAAAAAAAAAAUGCCGAUAAUGGAGAAAUUGAGGAUGUUCGUAGCGCAGGAGCCAGUCGUUGCUGCUUCUUGCUUAAUCGGCGGUGUUGGACUAUUUUUGCCUGCUGUUGUGAGGCCUAUCCUAGACUCACUCGAGGCAUCCAAACAAGUUAAAGCUCCCCCACUUACCGAUGUUAUUGCUGGUGUCACAGGGAAGAAACAGAGUUAAUCCCAAGCGAUGGUUUUUCCUCUGUUUUCUUACAUUCAGAUUUUAUCCAUGUUCCCUUUUUUUUGUCUUUUAACUCUUCUAUUCGCAAAAUGAAAUAAGGCAGACUCAUGUUUUUUUGUUCUGAAACUUAUAUAAAGGCAUGUGUAUGUGUGUACACUCACUCUUGUUCAUCACUUGAUCGAUCAGAUGUAUUCAUUUCUUAAUGACAAAUGAAGAAAAGCUUGAAACU